AUGAUUCACGCGACUCAGUCGAUUCACGCGACUCAGACGGCUCAGGCAGGCGUCACAGGGACGGCUGACAGCAGUCGAUUAGAUCCCUGCGGGCCCUCGGGGCUGAAGCCCUCGCUUGUGGCGAAUGCGAUUCCUUCGGCCGCGAGGCAGGGGGCAGGGUUGGCAGCGGAGGGGCCGUUGCUGGAUGGGAAAACCGCUCUCUUUCUUUCCUCCGGCCGUCAGUCCCCUUCCCCUCUACUGCUCCCGCCAUCCCCCAUGCUGCGGCAGCAGCAAUCAAUUCAACCGCUGCCCGCCGCGCAGAACGAGCAGCCACUGGUGCCCCGAUCAGCGGCGCUUCCUCGUCCGUCUGCCGUCGUGUCCGCGCCGUCGCAGCGCCGCGUGCAGAGCGGCGCGGGGCAGCAUGAGAAGUAUGAUGAUGAGGAGGAGCAGGAGCAGGAGCAGCAACAGCAGCAGCAACAGCAACAGCAACAGCAGCAGCAACAGCAACAGCAGCAGCAGCAGCAGCAACAGCAGCAGCAACAGCAGCAGCAGCAGCAGCAGCAGCAGCAGCAGCAACAGCAGCAGCAGCAGCAGCAGCAGCAGCAGCAGCAGCGGCAAGGUCAAGGGUUGGGCAGAGGGAAGGGGCGAGGGAAGGGUAAGGGCAAGGGCAAGGGCAAGCGCGGAUGGCGGUCGCCACUGGUCGUUGGGGCGAACGGUUCCCCCGCGCCAGACAAGGCGGCCCCGUCCGCGGGCAAGAAGCGCCGCCACCUUGUGGACGAGCCGCCAGGGCUGUGGCUGGGUGACGAGUGCGACGCUGCCACGUGUACGUCGGACCGGUCGGGUAGCCCGUGUGGCGUGUGCGCGGCGAGCGUGCUGGUGGUGCAGGGCGACCGCGGGUGGCGCGAGGGCGGGGCGGCUGUGGAGGCGAGGGUGGUGGGCGACGAGGAGGGCGGGGCGAGCGCGCACGUGCUCGCCGUGCUGCUGCGCGGCCACGCGCGCUUCUCGUACCGCCCGGAGCAGGCGGGGGCGACGGGCAGCAGCAACCGGGUGACGGGCGCCAUCAUGUGGCGCCCCCCCGACGCCGACGCGGGCAGCAGCGGGACCUCGUGGGCGCUGGAGUUUGCGGAGAGGAAGGAGUGGCGAAGGUUCCAGCAGCUGCACGACUCAUGCGCCCAGCGCAACAGCCGCACCGUGUCGGCGCGCCGCAUCCCCAUCCCCGGCGUGCGCCUCGUGCCCUGGCGCUGGCGCCUGCGCGGCUCCUCCGCGUGCGCGGCCAGCAGCAGCGCCAGCAGCGACAGCGUGGCGGGGCCGGUGGAGGGCGCGGAGGCGGGUGAGGGGCGCGAGGCGUUCGCCCCCCCGGCGGGGUACAUCCGCGGCGUGGACGAGGCGGAGCGCGUGCGGGUUGGCAGCCGCCACGUGGUGUACGACCUCGACUCCGACGACGAGCGCUUCCUCUCCGCGCUCCCGCGCACCCUCCGCCGCGCAGGGUUGGAGGGGCAGGCAGGAGGGGAAGGGCAGGCAGGGUGGGAGGGGCAGGCAGGGGGGGAGGGGCAGGCAGGGGGGGAGGGGCAGGGAGGGGGGAAUGGGCAGGCAGGGGGGAAUGGGCAGGCAGGGGCAGAGACGGCGGGACAAAGGGUUGAGAGUGUCGCGUGUGAGGGCAGAGGGGGUGAUGGGGAAGUGUCGGGGAGUGCAGUGGCAGUGAGCGAGGGGCAGGUGGCGGUGAGCGAGGGGCAGGUGGAGAGGGUGAUGGACCGGCUGGAAAAGGAGUCAUUCGCUGCGCGCUUGUUGCUCUCCGAGGCACACGCCCUGCACUGCUGCGCGCACCUGGCGUCGCCAGAUGCCGUGCGCGCCAUCUUCUACCACUGGCGCGCCAAGCGCGCCCGCAAGGGCACCGCCCUCUGCCGCCACUUCCAGGUCAGCCCGCUGCCCUCCGCCCGCCGCCCUCCGCCAGCGCCCCUCAUGCUCGUUUCUCUUGCUGCCCAUCCGGCUAGUCGGCCAGGAGCAUUUUUUUUUUCUCUUGCAUGCACCCACGAGCUUGCCUUCUCAUUCCACUUGUGCCCCUCCCGCCCUGUCCGGCCCCCCUCUUCCUCCCCCGUGUCAUGCGACGCCCCGCCGCUGCAGCGCGCGCCGUGGGAGGUGUAUCAGGCGCAGGUGAACGAGUGGCAGCGGCAGCUGCAGCUGCUGCAAGCCCGCGAGGCCACGCCCCUCGCUCCGUCUCCCGCGCCGUGGGCCCCGGGGCAGCCGGGAGGAGGUGCGGAGGCAGUAGCGGAGCAGAGGACGGGCGAGGGAGCGGGGAUGGGUGGCGUGGCGAGGCAGGGGGAGAGUGGUGCCGCGCUGCAGAGGGCACCAAACGACCACUCGCAGCAGCAGCAAGAGGAGGGAGGGGAGCAGCAGCAGGAGGGAGGAGCGGGGCGUGCGGUAGCAGGGCAGCAGGGGCAGGUGUCAGCUGGUGCAGCAGCCACGCACGAGCAGCGUGAACCCCACGGCCAGCACGCACCCAGCACGGCAGCACCAGGUGCCGCAGCAGCAGGUUCAUCCACUCCUGCGCGCCUUCCCAGAAGCUUGGCCGCCUCCUCCUCUCCUUUCCCCUCACCCAUUCCCUUCGGCACCCCCAUCACCCCCGGCCCUGGCAGUGCAGCGCAGCAGCGUGUGCCCGCCAUCCCCCGCCCUCCACUCUUUGCCUUCUGCCUGCAGCCGCGCGCCCACGCGCGCAGGGCCGCCUUCCCCUCGCGCCCGCGCUCCACCAAGCGUGCGCCGGCCUCCGCGGAGCACGUGGCGGGCGCAUGGGGCGGCGCCGCUGCGGACAGUGUGGAGGGCAGCCCCAGGGUGGGGGGCGUGGCGGCGCGCGCAGAGGCGCUCCCCGUGGGCGAGGCGCAGCAGGGAGGGCGGAGAGAGGGCGCGGAGGUGCUGGUGGCGGCCAAAAGGCAGCGCCGCGUGGUGUGCCUCGCAGGUGAGCCAAACCCUCCCCCUCGCCCUUCCGCUGUGCCGCGCGCCUUCUCCCCACUCAAUGCACCGCCUCAAUUCCCCGCACCUCCCUCCUGCCAAACCCUUGCUCGCUCGGCUGUGCCCCCCACUGCAGACCUGGGAGGCGAGGAGGCAGAGGGCAGCAGCAAGGGCGGCUCAGCAGGCGGGGCAGCAGGGGGAGCAGCAGAGUCUUUCCCUGGCGCAGGCCAUGAGGGGGUGAGUGCGCCGCAUGGGGACCUAUCUCGCGCGCACCCCUCGUCUGCGCGCCCCUCGCCCACAGCGUGGCCUCGCCUCACCACCACCUCGCCGCGGUCGCCCCUCCCCUUUGCCUUUCGCCUGAGCCCGCGCCUCAACACUUCGGAGCCAGCACACCUGGAUGCCACUCCACAGGCACUGCCGCCGGCGCAACAGGAGGUGUACGGGGGGGGCGAGGGGGGGAUGAGGCAGUUGCUGAGGCAGCAGCAGGCGAGGCAUGCGAGGGGGCGGGCAGCGUGGGGCCAGCUGACGGGCAGCGCGGGGGUGAGCGGGGCAGGCGGGGACGAAGCAGCAGCGCCCACGCCACCACACGGCGCUGCUGCAGGGCGACUUGCUCUGCCCGCUGCCUCCGCACCGCAGCACCAACCGCCCGGCGCUCCCGUGGUGGCUGCAGUGCUGCGUGGCGCCCCCACUGCUGCUCGCGCCCAGAGUGGCCCUCCUUCACACGCAGCUGUGGGGGAUACAGGGGCCGGACAGCCGUGGGAGCAUGCGAGAGGCGGCGAGGAUGAGGCGCAGCAGCAGAAGAGAGGAGUGGCGGGCGUGCGGUCAGAGCUGCUGUCGCUGGCGCACGCGCGCCCACCAGGCAGUGCAACCAAUCAGGCACGUGCGGCUGCUGCGGCGGCGCCUGGGGAAGGCAGGGAUGCAGCGCCGAGAGAUGUGGGCGCAGGGCAGUGGGCGCAUUGCGCGGCGGAGGGGAGGCCGCUGGCGCUGAGUGUGGGAGGUAGAGCGCAGGGGAUUGUAGGCGCAGGGGGAAGGGGAAGGCGCAGGGCGCGGGCAGUGUUGGUGCUGCAGCAGACACAGCAGCACGUGGGGUGGGCAGGGCAGGUGGAGGAGGGGGCAGGCGAGGCAGGUGGUACACAAGGUCGCGGAGACAGCUCUUUGAGUGGCGCAGAGGUGCACGCAGUGGGUCACGAGGCACAGGCGCUCGCAGGCAGCAGCAGGGGGGGGAGGCGGGUGGUGGGUCACAGGUUGCCCCGGGUGAGCAGACUAGCGGCGCCUGCGAUGCGUGGCGGCGUGGCAGCAGGUGGUGGGCGCGAGGCGGGUGCAGUGGGCGCACAGGAGCUGGGAUAUGCUGGGACGGGUGCUGAAGAUGAAGAGUGGGGCAGCGAGGUUGGGAGAGAGGCGGGAGCAGAGAGGGGCGGCGCUGCUGUGAUGAGCGGAGAAGCGGAAGAUGGGGCGGGUGGAGGGGCGGGCAAGGGCACGGUGGUGUACCACCGCAAGCGACAGCGGUCGUGGCGAACAGCAGGCGGUGGGGGGCACGCGGGCAGCGCUGCUGCCUGGCGCCCUGGCAGGCCCAGAAUGGCCGGUCUUGGGGGAGGUGCUGGGGAUGGUGGAGAGGGGAGUGCAGGGUUGGUGGAUGGAGGGCGGCAGCAUGGCAACGAGGGUGAUGCAGUGCGGAAUUGUGGCAGCGGGCAGGGUUGUGCUGGGGCGGGGUGUGCAGGGGGGCAUGCAGCAGCUUGUGUGAGUGGCGAUGGGUGCAGCGAAUCAGGUGGGUGUGCGUCCCUGCCGCCUCCUCCAUAUGCCGCUCAACCUGCCCCCCCUGCCACGCCUACCAGCCUGCCUCCCAUGCUGCUGCCUGUGCCGCCAACCGCCCCCCAUCCACAGCAGGCAAGCCCCCCUCUCCCUCCUCCCACAUCUCCUCCUCAGUCCUCCCCCUCACAGCAGCAGCAGCAGCAGCAGCAGCAGCGGGCGGGCAGCAGCCCAGUGGCGCUGAGGCCGUCGUUCCCGUCGCCCUCGUCGGUGGCCAAGCGAGCAGCCGUCACGUACCGCCGUGCUGACGUCACUCUGCGCCGCGCUGAUGUCACGCUGGGCGAGGACGGGUGCGGCUUCAGCCUGCUGCCCUCGCCACACUUCCCCCUGCGGGCUGCCUCCGUCACACACAAGCCUGCUGACAUCACUCUCCCGCAUGCUGAGGUCACCAUCUCAGAGCCCCUCAGUGGCAGCGACGACAGCCGUCGCCCUGGCAGCCCAGCGCCCCCCGUGCCCUCCACACUUGACUCCCUCCAACCCCCCCGCGCUGCACUCGCCCCCAUCCCUGCUCCACCGCUCUCUGAUGAGCGCGAGGGCGAGGGUGGGCAGGGGUGUGGGGAUGUGUGGAGCAUGGGAGGAGGGACGAAGGAGAGUGAAGAGAGCAGUAGGGAAGCAAUGGGUUCGGCGCUGCCUGCAGCAGUUGAGGUGGACGGGGUGGUGGAGGGGCGUGGCAGCAUGGGUGUACACAAGCACAUGGCUGGUGGCGGCAGCUGCCAGGCGAGCACUGAUGCGGUGCGCAUGCAAGUGGAUGGGGUGCAGUGGGGUGGAGGGCAGUGGGGCAGCGCAUGUGAAGGAGAGGCGAUGCAGGCAGCAAGUGAAUCAGGUGGAGAUGAGACUAGCGGGGAGGGGCGAGGCAGGCAAAGACUCAGGGAGGAGGGAUGUGGGGGGAAGCUGGGUGCGCACAGGACAGUCGAGGGGGUUGAGGGGAGAGACGGUGGGUUGGAGGGGUGUGCGAGUGUGAUGUAUGUGGUGAAUGGGCAUGUGGAGGGAGGCGCACACACGCGCAGGCAGCAGGUGGGGGAGGAUAGGGCAGUUGCCACAUGUCACACUGGGGUGGGGGAGAGGGACGCAGCACACGGGUGUGAAGGAGGAGAUGGUGGUGUAGAGGGGGCAGUGAGCAGUGGAGUUGAGUGUGCAGCAGCAGGGCAAGUGGGGAGAGGAGGUGCGGAUGAGGUGUGCGAGGCAAUGCAGGGAGGGCAGUGUGCUCUGCAGGGUGACCCUGCGUGGAGUGGGCAUGGCCGCGUGGGGACGGUGUCGGGUGAUGUGGCGGAGUGUGAGCGCGGGAGCCACGCAGGCGGGGAUGAGGCGGCUUGCGGGGAUCGAUCAGGGUCGGCAGGUGCAAGGGAGGCUGCCCGUGCGGGGCAGGGUGAGGGCGGUGAGAAGGGCGGGGCAGCUGUGAUGGUGGUGGGGCCGUUGCCACCGCUGCCUGUCCCCGAGGCCCCUUUGCGUGAGCGGUGGGUGGGCUGCGGUGCACAGGGGUGGAAGGAAGCUCCCACAGCAGUGGUGCAGGGGCAGGCCCAUUCAGGGGAGGUGGGGACAACAGGGGGCAUGGGUGGCACAGAGGAGGGUGAGAGGCACAGCAGAGUUGGCAGUUGA